AUGCGGGCUUAUUUCCAGCACGUUGAUGACAAGUUGGGGUUGAAGAAAGAUAUUACUUUCAAUACUCGCGUUGUCAGCGCUGAGUGGGAUGAUGGAGAGCAUCGGUGGACCGUCAAGACGGACAAUGGGCUCGUCGUGCAACCACGAUUCCUGAUUCUGGCCACCGGUUCGCUCACGGUACCCUACAUCCCCGCAUUCAAAGGGUUGGAGAAGUUCCAGGGGUUUGCCAUCACACGGGAAGGUGGCCCGAGGAGGGCGUUGCAGUGA